AGAGGAGCGAGAGAGCGUGCGAGCCACGCGGGGCCGGCGGUGCCACGAUGUAAGUGCCGCGGUGGCGUAGUUGUGGCGGUCGUCGCACCAACGACUGGCUGCGUGAGCGGGUGUGCGGAGGGAGCCGUGGUGUCGUAGCCCAGUGCACGAGGCGGGAGCGAGGACAGUGGUGUGGAGUGUGUGUGUGCGCCGUGUGCUAACCACGCUAACCUCGUUCUGGCUGCUCACCCAGCCUCGCUCACCCUACCUCCGUGGUCACGUUGAUGGUCAACACCAGGGAUUACCGGCGCGGUCACUGUGGUGUGGGCGGCAGGGUUGUUUACCUGGCAACACGUGUGUAACCUGGCGGUCACCAUGUCCCACACACGGGACCGCUGUGUACCCAGGGAUUUACCCCACGGCAGCAGCAGCAGCAGCAGCAAGCUUCUCCAGAAUGGAAUGUCUGACGACUUGCAGGAUCUACAACUGCAGAACGCAGACUCUGAUAUUUGCUUCGGAACCAUGAGAAUUCCUCAGAAACCAAUGACUGUCCUGCUGGUGUUCCACAAGGAGGAUGCUCAGAGCGACAGCCUGUGGCAGGCAGCGGAGCGAUUAGGUUACUCCUGUAGCCUCGCUCUCACGCCAGACGCCGCAGUCGAGGAGUUCACGGAGCGACACCAUGACGUCAUCAUCAUAGACAGAAGGACGCUCAAGGCCCUGGAUGCAGACACGGUGUGCAGGUCCUUACGGGCGACAAAGUUCAGCGACUUCUGUGUAAUAAUUGGCAUCACCAAGGCCAGUCCUCUCGACAAGGAAGAAGCCUCUGUCCUUCCCAUGCUUAAAAUGGGUUUCAACCGGAGGUUCGUGGAGAACACGGACAUCGGUGUGUGCAUGAACGAGUUGCACCAGCUGACCCACGGCGAGGUGCGCACGCAGCGGAAACUGCGAGCAUGCGCAGCGCUCAUCACCGCCCUCGAUGACGUGUCAGACGCCGUGGAAAUCUCCAGCGACGACCACAGAAUACAGUACGUGAACCGCACGUACGAGCGCCUGACAGGCUACACCGGGGAGGAGUUGGUGGGGCGAGACACGAGGGAAGUCAGCAGGUCCGACAGAAGCAGGGAUUCCUACGAGUGCAUGCUCUCCCAGACAAAAAAGGAAAGCACUGGGAGGGCACGUACUACACGAGGCGGAAAAGCGGGGAGGCCGUUCCGUACCACUGCCGGGUCACGCCAGUGCUGGGGCCUGGAAGCAAGCCGUGCCAGUAUGUCUCAGUCAGGAUGGCGUCCAGCGACACCCUCAACCAGAUCGCCAACGUCAAGCGGUGUAAUUGGUCUGGUCUGGUCACGUGACCCAACACCAUACUUUAUUAAAGACAUAGAGUACCUUGGAGAGUGGUCAACACCGCGCUGGACAGAGAAAGAACUGGCCAUGAACAUGAAGUGGAUGAUGGUCCUUGGCGGUCUCAUGUCUGCUGUCGGGUGUCCAUCAGGCGGGGUGCACGGGGUACCGCGACGACGGGAGUCAGUUGCCAGAAUCCACUCCAUGACCAUCGAGGCUCCAAUCACAAAGGUAAUCAACAUGAUCAACGUCGCCCAGGAGUCCAGCCCCGCCACCGUAGUCCAGGCGCUGGACAAGGUCCUGGAGAUCCUCCGCACGUCAGAACUCUACGCUCCACACCUACCCCCGCAGCUCGGGCGUGAUGACGACCCCAUGACCUCCGACCUCGUGGGGGGUCUCGUCUCUCAAAACAUGAAACGGCGUAUGUCUGGAAACGAAUCACAGCAUCAGAGAACAGCGCAUCACGGGCACCCACAAUCCCUGACACCACUGGCCUCCUUGUCGCAAAUUCCAGAGCACGUGCAGUCUAUCUUAGAGCGGGAGCCCACGUGGGACUUUGACAUCAUUCAGCUAGAGGAAGCGACCAAUAAAAGGCCUCUGGUCUACUUGGGGCUGAAGACGUUCGCGCGGUUCGCGGUGUGCGAGUUUCUCAGUAUUCCCGAGAGCGUGCUGGUGGCCUGGUUGCAGCUUAUAGAGAGCAGCUACCACGACAGCAACCACUACCACAACUCCACCCACGCCGCCGACGUCCUGCACGCCUCUGCCUACUUCCUGGAGUGUGAGCGCACUAAGACCGUCUUCGACGCCGCCGACUGCGUGGCGUGUUUGAUAGCGGCAGCUGUUCACGAUGUGGAUCACCCGGCCCGCACCAACGCCUUCCUUGUCAACGAGGGCAACCAGCUGGCCCUCCUCUACAACGACCUGGCGGUGCUAGAGAAUCACCAUGCCAGCCUGGCAUUUCGCUUGACGCACAAAGACCCCUCCGUCAACAUCUUCCAGAAUCUCAGCAGAGAAGACUAUCGUGCCUUGCGGCAGUCUAUUAUCGACAUGGUGUUGGCCACAGAGAUGAAACAGCACUUCGAGCACCUGUCCAAAUUCACGCACUCCAUCAACAAGACUGUGCUUAAGUGCGAGGAUGAGGCUUCAGAGCCAUCAUCCGGGUCCUUUGACAACGAGACCAUCUUCCAGCAACUGUCCACUCCAGAAAACCGGACGUUGAUCAAGCGCAUGCUCAUCAAAUGUGCUGACGUGUCCAACCCGGUGCGUCCCACACACCUGUGCUCGGUGUGGGCGGAGCGUAUUGCUGAGGAGUACUGCCAGCAGACGGACGAGGAAAAGGAAAGAGGCCUCCCGGUGGUCAUGGCCGUCUUUGACCGCAAAACCUGCAGCAUCCCCAAGUCCCAGACUUCCUUCAUCGAUGUUUUCAUCAAUGACAUGUUCGGCGCCUGGGACUAUUACUGCGACAUACCCGAACUGAUGAACCACCUACAAGUCAACUAUCAGUAUUGGAAGGCAGAGGAAGAGCGUCAGAACAGGGGAAAGAACGACAUCUCCUGAUCUCCAAGCUGCAGUGUCGAGACGGUUUCCAGUAAACGUCGUUGGGUCGCAAGGUUGAAAACACCUGUAUAGUGAUCACGGAAACACCUGUAUGUGAUCAUGGAAACACCUGUUGUGAUCACAGAAAUCAAACUAUUUUACCUAUGGAAACACCUGUUGUGAUUUUAUAAAAAGAAACACUUGUAGUGAUCACGGAAACACCUGUUGUGACCAGAGCUCAAGAGGUUCAAACCAUGUGCCCAAUGGCCGCUUGUGCCGCUGCUGAUGGACUGUCAUCACGUGAUCUAGACCGGAAAUGCUCAAAACGGGAUGUACUCCGGUUAAAGAACGUGUCUGUGUUGAAGAAACCUGGAGUAAACUGAUAUUGUAUGGAAUUUAUGAUUAGAACACAUGCGAGCAAGUUUCCUUUGACCAAGCCGUCAAGCGGUUUUGAGAGAAUCCACAGAUGUGUGUAGCGGACGUGAGUCUGUGUGGAAACUGUGCGAACGUCCAUUGGGCAUCUCUGCUGCACAGAGAGUGACCAUUCGUCACACUACGGGGCUAAGACACAUCAUUCUCUUCCACUCAAAACUACAGGGCUGAGACAUAACAUUCUCUUCCACUCAAGACUUUAUUUUGUUUUACAGAUGACUGGUUGAAUCGGUAUGACAUCUUUGUUUCCCUUUCUCUUGUGUACUAUAGUCCGCUAAUAUUAGCAUUUUUUGCCAAACCGUAACUCUUCGUCACUGGAAAUUUUUAGGGUUUCUUUUUGUUUGGAAAGAAGAAACCUGCUCUGUUUCUUAUUGUUAGCUAGUGUAACUGGGCACAAGGGAGCGAACUGCGAUAUCGUCGUGCCAAAAUCUCUAGUUCCUCAGUGAUUUUGUUAUCACCCUUACUUGUUUACCUUUUAUUUUCUCUCUUUUCUGAAUGAAAAUUUAUGUGUAUUAUUUAAGUAUUUCCACUCCCAGGGAGGAAAGGUGUGGAGUCGGGUGGUGUGUGUGUACACGUAGCCAGCAAUCGUCUGCACUCCCACCCUAAACACACAAGACGACCUUCCCUCGUAUUACGAAUGUUGGAACCCAAGCCAUGCCUACAUCUGCGGAUCCAUGCUGCAGUGGUUGUAACAGCCUUUGAUGUUGCGUGAUGGCAAUCAGAAGCUCAAGGGAGGCAAUCUUGACGCAACACACUUGUUUUUGAGUUUCUAGGUUGUGUUGGUUGCGUCCCCUCCACGACGUGAGGCGUGAAUGUUACGUCCCUUGGCGUGCUGUGACACUGGACCUCGAUUGUAGUUUUCUUUUCAAGUUUUUAUUUGGUUUUUUUAUGCUUUUGACAGAAAAUCGUUUUAAAUAUUUUCACCAACUCUGAAUGACCCGACACUGAGUCUCCCUACCCCAUUCCUGUAAACACCCUGACUGUGAUAAACUCCUUGUUUAGUUGCGUGUGUGUACCGCCAUCGUGUGACUAACGAGUAGCAGGUGUCAGUGCAGCUUUAAGAGAGCAAACCCUCGUCCUAGUGUGGCAGCUCGGCUAUUUUGGGACCCCAUUAGACAAGUGGGGCCUAGGCAUACACCAUACUUUAAAUUUUACCUUUGGUUGUGUUAUGUGUUGUAAUGCAUUGGAGUAUCGUUGCUCUGGAAUGUUCCUGGUGUACCACGUGAUACGAGAUUCCCGCUCUGAGUUAAAGGGGCAAUUAAGUUUUCAGCUUCGUUAAUCUUUAACUUAUUAAAAAUAUUCUUAAUAAUAGAAGUUGUUAAAUCUUGAAAGAGCGCUGCAUAAUUAUUUUAGGGACUGGGUGCGAACCAAGACAAACCUUAAUUUUCCUUUAGUACAAACCCUCGCAGACCUCAACCCGGCGGAAGUCGCGGACAGCAUCGGCUGUUGCAUCAAAUAUCUCUAGUGAGACUAGUGGGCCACUCUACUCUCAUCGCACGCAUGUCGAUGUUUAGCGUGAGAGCUACUUUGUUCCUGUUUCUCUUCCCAGCGCCGUUAUUCUGUGCUAAUAAAUCACCGCAAGGCAAACCACUCUUCUGUCUGCUACUCCAUCCAAGCAGAGGUAAACAUUGUCAGUAAUCGCGGGAAGUACGAGGGACAAAGCAGAAGAGUUUUGAGUGAGAGGCGCCUCUGGAUAUUUUGGGUUUAGAUGUGGACUGUUUGCAUAUAUUAGAUCUUAUAGUUUCAUAAAGAGAACAAGGCAUAUUUCAGAAACUUGUAUAUUUAAUAGUUCUAUCAAGUUUACAAAACUUAUUUUUUCUAGCUUCGGUAUAUAAGAGCUUGAGAAGCUUGGAAAGUGGGCGGCUGUUUCCCCUGAUAGAUGCUUGAGUCUUCCCCCUCAGCCCCCAACCUUGUCUGCUGUUGCUCAGUAUUUUUAACCUACACACAUGUCAACGCACUUACAGUUACAGAUGCCAUGUUCAGGCUGUGAAGGCGUGUGUGAAGUAGGUUUCCUUGCGGACAGUUAAUGCGAAAGAGUCAAGUAAACUGCUUAUCAAAACCUUCAUCUGUGCUUCCAAGUACUGGAGUACAAGACAAUAGUUACAGCUGCACCCAGCCCUGAAGUGCAUAAAGCAAUAUACAGCUGCAUCCAGCCAUGGAAUACGAGUCAUGCAUAGCUGCACCCUCCCCCCAAGAUUGUUAGUUAAUAACCAUAAGGUUGGAAGGGGGACCACUGUUGUUUUGGUCGUCAAUAGGUUUUAAUCUAGCAGUGGCUACACAUCCUUGGUUUUGCCACCAGUUCUUUCUGUAACCAACCCCAGGAAGUCUCUUUGUCAGUUGAUAGGAGUGUAAACAGUUUAUUUUAAAAUUAAAAUGAAAACAUUGUUCUGGAACGUAUCCGCCCCAUGGUUCCUUUAACUCAUUUCUGUUCCAGAAAAAUAAAAUCUUUUGUUUUUUAAUGCAUUUGCUGCUGUGAAAUAAAUGGUUGUUUCUUAUGCUGCUUUGGAUUCAUGACAGUUUUCAAGAUAACAUUCUUCUCGGAUGAGAAGGUUCUAUAAGGAAUGCCCACUGAUGCCGCCCCAAUUUGCUUGUUUCACGAGGAACAAAAUUUCACGCACAAGAUUCUGUCUUGGUGCUCAAAGAACACAUGCCAACGUUGACCUUGUCCGAGGUUGGACAGUCCACUGUUUUAUGAGCACCACAACGAUAUUAAGAAACACAUGAGGGUUUGGGGAAAAUCAGUGUCUGCAUAUAUUGUCGAACUUUCAGUUUAAAUGUCUGAGGGAAAGAUUUUUGUGUAUUUGUCAUGACAGAUAUUGUGCCCAUCUUCUGUGCUUUGGAGCGUCUUUUAAGCAAUUAAUCAUAAACCCCGAAUACCCUCUCUUGUAAGCCAUGCGUACUCUAAUCCUGCAAGCCAUGGCUUUUCUCCCCAGUAUCCCAGGAAAUUUCUUCUUUAUCUAUGGGUUGUCACUGUGUUAAGGUCUGGAUUCUUUUCUUUUUUAAUGUUCUCCAAACUGCCAUAAAUUCUAUUAUAGUUUCUAUGUAAAAGCCUUCUUACUCUACUCACUCAAACUUCUAUGUUCUUCACACUGAACAGUAUCAAAGGCGAGCAAGAUUUUGAUCACAACUGUUACUUUCUUCCGCUUUUGAAGUGUUUUUCUUAGGUUCCAAAGAAAUGUUCCUCUCUUUUGAAUCUGAACUUUUAGAUUGUUCUUAAGUUCAAGCAAACAUUAGUAAUCAGAUGAUGUUCACAUUAAGUUUUAAAAGUUAAAUUAUGCAGCAUAUCAAAAGGACAAAUGAUCAGGGUCAUGUCAGGGUUGGCAAAGAAAAUAGCAUUGACAAGUCGCUCAGGCACUCUGGCAAAUGACUUGGUAUGAUGCUGCACACCACUCACCUGCUUUCAAAUGCUAACUCAAUGCGAAGUUAUUUUUUAAAUGCUUAGUUAAGGUCAUUGGAAGAUCUUGAUUCUCAAAAUCUCAAGAAAGUAAAAACUAUAUGUCCUGGUAAUAUUUUAACAAAUGCCCCUUCUGCUUAUACCGAUAAAAUUCAAACCUUAUCUGAAAAAGUUUACAUCUUUUGUUAUUACUGCUAGUACUUUUAGCAGCUAUUGUGGUAAUGUAUGGCAAACUAAUAUUGGACUAAACAGCAGGAAAGUGUCUUAACAUUUAUAAUUAUGGAAUAUACAAUAUUUUUAAAGAUACUCAUUUGUCAGCAAAUGAAUGUUUUCUUAAAUUCCUCUAUUUUGUCUUUUGGAUGAAAAAUUCAGUUUUAUGAAAAUUUUUAAAAAUC